CCACAUCCACGCGAACGCAAUGGCACCACCCAACACCCAGAAGCGCGUAAAGGGCGUUUCAAUCUUCAGACCCUUCGUCUACGGCACAACAGCAAAGCCCUUCGAUCCCGAGACGAACCCAAAGCCUGAAGGUACCCCCGCCGACCACACGCAUUCGUGGACUGUGUUUGUGAAGGGCGUUGAUGACACGGAUAUUACGUAUUGGUGUAAGAAGGUCCAGUUUAAGCUGCAUGAGAGUAUUCCCAACCCUCUGCGCACGAUCGAAAACGUCCAACCAGGAGAAGCGUACGAAGUUCACGAGACCGGUUGGGGUGAAUUCGAAAUUACAAUCAAACUGUACUUUGUCCCCGAAUCCCAAGAGAAGCCACAAACCAUCUACCAUCACCUGCGACUUCACCCAUACGGCAACACCGAGGCUGAGAAAGAAGCAAUGAAGACCGCCCCAGAGAUCAUAUCUUGGUGUUACGAGGAAAUGGUGUUCAACGAGCCAUAUGAGAACUUCUAUGAUGUCUUGACUAGUCCGAUGGACCGUAGUAAGGGAGGGAAAGGAGGUAUGGGAAAGGGGACCAGGGUGAUGAAGGGAGGUAUGGUUGGAAGCGUGGGAGAGCGAACUGCAUUGAUCCCGCUGACUAGUCGUCCGGGACAGCCGUUUAGCAGGGAGACAGAAAGAAACGAAUUAAGGAGAUUGAGGGAGGCGCAGCAUAAAGUUGAUGAGAUGAUUUCAGAGUUGAAGAAGGAGAUCGAGGAAAAAGAAGCGGAGAGGGCGAAGUUGAAAGGUCAAGCUUAAGGAUGGCUUGGAACAAAGCAGGGCGAUCAAUUCGGGAUACUUAGGUUUCUCUCUGGAACUCGGAUGGCAGGAUGGUUUGGAGUUGGGGAUAUGGGUAUACCCAGGAAUACAUUGCUUUCAUGACAUGGAUUGCUUUGAUGCAAUAAAACACGUC